AUGGCCACGUAUACCUACGAGCCGAUCGACCUUUCAAAGAAGGCCAUCCGACUUCUGCGUCUUUUCAGGGCGGUCGACCCUGAAGAUGACAUCAAGUGCGAGAUUUUCCAGUCACUUCUGGACGAAGACCAAGCGCUCAACGUCGAAUACGAAGCCCUGUCAUAUACCUGGUCCGACGCCAUUGAUGAGGGCCCCAGACCAGGAAAAGCUCCAGGACCAAAGCGCAUCUUGAUCCAAGUCAUCAACGAUCUCUGCACGCUCCACGUUACCGAAAAUCUUUACAUGGCACUGAAGCACCUCCGCCUGCCCGACUCGGACAGGAUCCUUUGGAUCGACGCUAUUUGUAUCAACCAGGACGAGCAUGAAAACGAGAAGGGGGAAAAGAACCACCAGGUCGGCCAGAUGAACAUCGUAUACAGCUCCGCUCAGAACGUAAUAAUAUGGCUGGGCCCAGGUAGCUCCGCUAUCACCGAACUGUUUUGUGCCUCCGCCAAGCUUCACGAACACGCUGCCCAGCAGUGCCUACUCAUGGGGCAGACGCGCCUUGAAAUGUGGAAGGCUGUAUGGCGGAGCCUUCGUCCGCUGUCUGAGGGCAACGCGCCCCUCCUAAAGGAGCACCACUACGACGCCCUCAUGACUGUACUUCGUCGGCCGUGGUUCGGCCGGGUCUGGGUGAUCCAGGAGGUUGCUCUGGCUAAAAAGGCGACCAUUAUGUGCGGCCGGGCGUCGACGCCUACCUCCUCGUUUGCUCUCAUGCCGAGCCUGCUAGGGGUCGAGGCUCCAAAACAGGCACGGGCACUGCUUGACGUUAUGCCGAGCCCUGUGCGCAAAGAAGAAAGGUCAUGGUGGAAGGAGAAACGAGAUCUCUUCACCGUGCUGCGGAAAUUCGGGAACUGUUCGUCCACCAAGCCGCACGACCGGAUUUAUGCCCUGCUGGGAAUAUCGGCAGACCCCCACGCCAUAAAACCCAGAUACGAGGCCACCGAGCAACAAGUUGUGGAAGAUGUCUUAAAGCUUAUUAUAUUCGAGCACGGCGAUCUCCCCGAGGGCGUCAACUUGCCACAAUGGUCUGUCAACGAGCUGAUGACCAAAAUCUGCUCGACUGAGCAUAUGGGGGGAGAAAACAUCGAGCAAAUACUUUUGUCGUGGGCCGUAAGAAAGCACGAAAUGGGUCUUGCUGGUUACCUUCUGGAAAGACAGCCACAGUUUCCCAUCCCUGUUGGGACUGACAGGGCGCGGCAACCCACACUUCACCUUCUCGCCGAGACGCCGGACUCGCAGGACCUCGUCAAGGACUUCGCCAGGCGACAUGGCAUGGAAUUGGACUUCAAUCGGCGUUUUGGUUCUCCAGAGGUGACCGCGCUCCAGCGCGCAUUGAACAACGGGAAUACGAAGGUUGCAGAUGCACUUUCAAAAGCCCAGGAAUCCGCUCUCGAGCAAUUCAAGACACACUUCAUUCAGGGAUACGGCGACUUGGAUCCAGCCAGCGCAGCCCGCAGCACGGAGCCCCUACUCAUCUCUGGGCAAGAUAGUGACCUCGCAUUGAGGCGUUUGCUGAGGGACGACAUGGCGUAUCUGGAAAUGAAAGCGCGGUACGGCCAAACAUUAGAUCUCAGGCUCAUCCUUGAUCACGUGCCCGCGGUUUCUCCUCCAAGUCCCACAGCCCUUCGCCUCGCAAUAGAGUCCGGCAGCAAAAGUGCUAUUGAGCUCCUUAUCCAGCGCGGUGCCGAUGUCAACAAGCCGUCCGGGCUCGGGACGCCUCUUGAGGUGGCGAUCUUGUGGGCUGACAACGCCCUGGUUGAGCUCCUUCUGGACUACAAGGCGGACCCGAGCCACGGAUUCCCGCUUCAUUGGGCGGUCCAACAUGGACGCCUAACCAUUGCGAGCAGACUGAUGGCUGCGGGGGCCGAUAUCGACGCCGUUCGAGAUUGCUUGACGCCACUAGAGGUCGCGAUUGCCGCAAAGAAUACCCAGAUGGCUGCCCUACUCUUGGUGUAUCAAGACAACAAUAAUCCCGCGAUGUUGACCGACGGGGCUACGGAAAAGGGAACCUCGGAUGGGAAAGAUGCGUCAGUGUCGGCAAAUGCUAACAGAGACCUCCCUCACCAUCACGACUCUGAGGUGCUGGGAAAGGCACUAGGGAAAGCCAUUGUAGGAGCAGACGACCAAGCAGUGCUCCUGCUUUUACGCCACGAGGCUGACCCGAGUAUCGGUCGAUGGUCCGCGGACGGGCCCAACCUUUGGCUAGCAGCAUCGCAAGGCUACACGAGCGUUGCCAUGUCUAUCCUAAGCCGCCCGCCGCCUGGUUUCGAUGUCAACGAAAGAUGUAGACCGAACGGGACGACCGCACUCCACAGGGCGGCAUACCGGGGUGAUGAGGAUCUCGUUCGCGCGCUGCUCGAGUACGGGGCGGACAUGGAGAUUAGGGACAAUGGCGGCGCCACGGCGCUCUGGGCCGCGUCAGCCAACGGUAGAUUAAAAUGUGUGCACGCUCUCCUGGAAGCUGGGGCAGACACAGAAGUUCACACCCAGCGGCUCUCGGACCCCGGCCCCAUGACGCCGCUGGCGAUGGCCAAGCGGGGCGGCUUUGCCAAGGUCGCUACCCUCAUUUCUCGACAUAUUCAGGCGAGAAAGAAAAAACAGACCUUACAAGAGGACUCUCCGUCCUGGUGGGCGACCUCCUGGACAGCGGACAAGCAAACGCACCAAAAAAUCAAGACUGCGCCCUAUUUAGCAUUCGGGGUGACAGCAAACACCCCCAACAGACAGUGA